UAAAAAGCGUUGCAAGUUUCUUUGAAAUUCCUAACUGCAAUGAAAGCUUCCAAAAAUUAACGCCGGCAAAAAGCGAUGCAAAUUAAGAUUAUUUGUUAUUUUCUUUUGCAGAUAUUCCAAUCUCGCAAUUCAGUCUACGCCUUCCGAAUCAUGCCGUCAAGACUGGAGAAUUCGUUCUCAUCAGCAUUGACCCACACGAAGGAACUAAUAUUGUGUAUCAAUGGAAACUUGACGACGAGGAGUUCAUUAAAACUACCAAGACUUUGUUUCAGGUUUAUAGUGAUCCCGGUGUUUAUAAUGUGCAAGUAACAGCCUCCAACAGAAAUAACACUGUUCGAAGUAGUGGUAUUAUUGUAGCGCAGGACGAAAUUAAAGGCCUUGAGUGCGUCAGAAACACCGGUGCUGUAGUCCCAAUGGAGGAGAUAGUGAUUGAAUGGAUAAUUUCUCAAGGUAGUUCACUUUUUUUUGCAUGUACAUGUAGUACUCGCACAAGUUACGAUUCUGUAUGGGUCUGGGUGUUUCAGCGCAGUGAAAUCAAAUUUGCUCUGAAUGGGAUACUGAAACUUCAAGCAGUUGUUUAGAAAUUUCGUGUGAUAAAGAUCGGUACAUUUGUUUUAACUGUAUUUGUUAAGAAAAUUCUAAUUGUAAACAUGUUGAAGAACUUUCACACUGAAUUGAUUUAUGGGCCUAUAACUUUGAAUGAACGUCAUUUCGCGAAUUCUGUGAUUAUCCUGACCAUUUUGUCGUUCCAGUGCACCGAAUCUCACGACGAGAAUGUUAAGUUAUAAGCACUUUUAUCACUUGGCUCGUAUGCAGACUUUCUUUUUGUUACCUAACUUGCAGGAACAAACGUCUCAUUUACAAUAUCUACAGGCGAUGGAAGCCCUGAGCAGAUUAACGAGACAUUUACCGACGGCUUUGCUCAAAAUUCAUUACGUCAUCACUACGAGAGUGUGGGCAUCUACUAUGUCUCCAUAAAUGCUAUAAACGAUGUCGAAGCUGAAAAUAAGAUUACAACAUGCACUGUAUAUGUACAAGAUCCGAUUGCCAAUUUGACGUUUAGAAUCCCGCCACCCCGAAUUAAAAAUGGUUCUCAAGAUAUGUACAUUGCAGUGAAUGAAAGCAUCACAGUCGACGCAAGUAUUGCCAAUGGCACACACGUGUCCUGCGACUAUGAUUUCGGUGAAAAAGUUUUACACGGCGGCAUCGACGAGUUUACUCAAAUGUAUGCGUACGGGACACCGGGAGACUAUACUGUCAAUGUCAGUUGUACUAACCGUGUCAGUAAUAUGUACAAGACGCAUUUUGCAAGGAUUGUGGUGCAGGAGGACGAGCUGAUCAAAAAUCUUCAGGUAAAGGUCGAUGUCGCAAGCAAGGGGACACAAUCUGUUUUUACACUCUUAAUGAACAUGGGAACAGCUUUCGUCUGCGAUUGGACUCUUGGAGAUGGCACCACCUUACAGACAGAUGUGUCAGAGGUCGACUUGCCUGUGCUUCACGAAUACGACGAGGAAGGGGCAUAUAACAUCAGUGUUCUUUGCGAAAAUCGGCAUGGUUCCGAAGUCGCCCAAAGCGUUGCCUGGGUACAGAUACCCAUUGUCAAUUUAACUUGUGAUUCAGUGCAAUGGUACAUCACUGCGUCGGAGAACGCUUUCUUCAAUAUUUCUAUUAAAUCGGGUUCGCAUGUCACAGUCGUGGCGGAGUUUGAAAAUAGUCAAAUUCAAACCGUUCGUUUGCGAGAGAGUGUUCUUCACUGGAUAUCCUUUAUCCUGGAACAUUUGUAUAUGUCAAAUGGUUCGUUUGUGGUUGGGGUAAACGCAUCUAAUCUUCUGGGUGAGCUCAGUACAACCUGUUCUCCGACCGUGGUUGUACAGAAUCCUCUGCUUAAUAUAACCCUGACUGCUAACGCGACGGUAGUUAAAGUAUCCGAAUUUGUGGCUUUUGGUCUGGAAACCUCAGUUUUGAGCCAUUCCUUACCCACUGAUGCAUCUUGUUCGUGGGAUUUUGGCGAUAACUCAUCAGCACAUGGUAGCUGGCCAUUGAUAUUAACGUAUGGAAAAGCUGUCAUGUUACAUCACUAUUUAUCUCCAGGGAAAUUCUCAACCUAUAUUAACUGCUCAAAUGAGGUCAGCAGAAUUGCGCUCAACACAACUGUCACAGUUCUAGAAUUAAUCAAGCCAUCUAUGAAAGUGUGCCUCGAUUGCAACUAUUCAGCCAUUAUUACAGGGAUUCCAUACGGGAAAUACUUCACUCUAGGCGAUAAUGUAACAUUUAUGACAACUUCUCAAGAUUUUGACCUGGCUUACUACUGGGGAAUGACAGAAUUAGGAGAUCUUGCGGUCACCAAGGAACCUUUUACUAAUGUGAUUUUAGAAAAAGCAGGAGUAUUUUCUGCAAUUGUUCUUGUGGAUAAAGUCGUCCAAAAUAUGUCGGCAUCAGUUGAAUUUAUUGUCCAAGAGACAAUAGGCGGUGUAACGUUCUCAUCAAGUGGUUUCACUUGGCUAAGAAGUGCUACUCGAUUUCAUAUCGCUGCACCAAAAUUCGAUGACGGUACGUGUUUUAAAGCGACGUUGAAUGACUCCUCAAAACCAAGAUUUAAUUGUUCAACAAUUAAUACAAGUAAUUAUACAUUUUCAUUUAAUCACACAUAUCUUUCCGAGGGUACUUAUUCAGCUUGCCUUAAUGUAUUCAACAAUGUAUCAGAGGCCAAAGUUUGCGUGGUCGUUGAAGUCACUAAGCCUGAUUGCAGAAUUGACAGUGUUUCACUAUGGGAAUCAGUGAAUGGAGAUUUGAAACAAAUAGAAGAUAGCUCACAGACUUUAAAGUACAAACGAUCUGAACCUCAGUUUCAGUUUAAAGGGAAUUAUAUCAACAAGUGCCCCCUUGCAACUUCUAAGGAUGUAAAGUUAAAGUGGAUUGUGAAGAGAUUAAGUCUUGCAGGGGAUGAAUCUAACGUCAAUGGAGAGGUAGGAAUUGUGAGAGAAGAAACUGGAUCUUUACAAAUUACAACUGAGGCUCGCUCUUUGUUAUACGGAGAAUACAUUUUUGCCUUCAUUGUGGAAUUGGCAAGCAAGGAGUUAAAAAGUCUCUAUGGAGAAGUGAUUAGGAACGCCACUAUUAAUGUUGAAAUAAUCCGCUCCCCCCUUACCGGAGGCAUAGAAAUAGAAAAACAGAACGUAAGUAAGGAAGAAACCCUCACGAUAGACGCGUCGUUUCAUGACCCUGAUCUAGAAGAAGGUGAAGAUCAAAAAGACAUGGAAUUCAAAUGGUACUGCAGGACCCUGUAUUUUACUCACUGCUACGAUGAUCAGCUGAGCUUUGACGACUUCAUAAAAAUUCUUGACUCCUCGAUUUUCAGCACGAGUCUUGAUAAAUAUGUUGGAAACGAAACCUACAUAUUUAAGGUGAAAGUUACAAAAGAAGGCCGCGAUCCUCUGACAGAUGAGGUGGAAGUAUUUGUUUUGCCACCACCACCACCGCCGCCGCCACCGCCGCCACCACCACCGGAAAUGAAAAUAAGCCUUUCCUUCGUUAACAGUUGCCCCGAGCGGGAUUGCUCUGUUAAGCUGUCGCCGUCAAUAGACCUCAGACUAGAAGCUGUUUGCGUGAACGAAUGUGGUAUAUCUACGAUUUUCUAUGAUUGGAGCAUGUUCAUGAAAGACGGAGAUCAUUGGUCUCCCGUAGACAUUCCGAGUCAGCUAAAUAUAGAAACGUCAAAUGAUUACUUCACUGUAAAGGCCUACAUUUUUCAAGAUAUUUUGAGACCUGGAGGUGAGGGCCUCGUUCAGUUGGAAGUCUGGAGGGAAGGCGGAGAGUCUGGCUAUAUCAACGAGACUAUAAGAGUAAAUGAACCUCCAAUGGCUGGAAAUUGUACAUGUCAUCCAAAGACGGGGGAAGGCUACAAAACCGACUUUCAGGUCACCUGCAUUGGCUGGGUAGAUCCUGACACGCCUCUUAGGUACGGAUUCAGUUAUAGUUAUGGCGGUGAUGCAACUCCAGUUCCAAAGUCAAGCGAAAACCCAAGUUCAUCAAGCGAGUUUAAGAUUCUCAAGCUACCCGACGAGGGCAUGUCCUCCAUACAAAUACCUAUCACAAUAUCAGUUGAAGACUCGCUUGGUUGGAAGAUAGAAAUGGUCAUCUAUGCAGAGGUAAGAGAGAUAAAUUUGCAGAGAUUUGGAUCUAGGUUUGAAUGUUCAUACCUGGAAAGCGUCAGUUUAUGGAAGCUGCUGAAACAAGGCGAGAGAGAGAAAGUGAAUGUAGAUGAUUUGAUCAGCGAUUUAGAUGCUAAAGAUACCCCUGUCAGCAACCCUGAUGAAGCUAGAAAGCUGACGCAGAAUUUAGCUUACACCCUAGCACUGCUUUCACUCUCCAGCGAAGAAAAGACUCUUCAGACAACAGCGAUAACAGACAUCCAGCCUACCAAUGAGAUAGCCACCCAACAGUCACCAGGUGAAGCAACGGAAGCUGGCGUGACAUCUCAAGACGUGACACCCACACCCACCAGGGUAGCGAUCUCAGCGGAGCAAAUUAAACACGCUAAAAUAAUUGAAAAGAGCAUAUCCAAACUAUCCCAGGUCGCAAAAAUUGUAGCAAAUAGUGAUGAGACAACUGUUGAUGACUUUCUGGUCAUCAGUGACACUCUUGACACGGCCACCGCAAAUAAGGAUGUUCUCACUUUAAAUGCACGGGACGAAAGUGCUGCAUUACUAAACAACAUUGUGGAAGCCACUGUGAAGAGAACGGAUUUACCCGUAUCGUUCUUGGAAAAGAUGGCGGAGACAAUUUUUAAGAGCGUUGCGAACAUACAAGACAGCGUCGCUAAUGGUCUUUCAAUCGACCGCAAUGGUUCAGUGCAUAGCUGUACUGACAAGAUCAAGGAGAGAAGCAGAAAUGUUUCUAGCACGAUCCUACAGGCAUUAAACAAAAUAUGUUUAGCCGUUCUGAGAGCUAAGACACCGGGCGACGUGGAUACAGUGAUUAACACUACAAAUAUAGCAGCGAGACUUAGGAAAACCUUAGCCCAGUCUAUGAACGACUCCACCAUCGAGCAUGACCUUGGAAUGUUCAAACUUCCCAAAGAUGAAAUCUUUCCUGCUAGCAACCUAACGGUUGAUGAUGCAGUAAAUCUUCAGAUGCUGGCCUUCAAGGAGAAUCCAUACAGAAACUGCGGUGAUGAUAAUAUAACCUCGUCAGUGGUCGCCUUAGAAGUAAAGAGAUCGAGCGGAAGCAAGUUUUCAAUCAGCGGUCUAACAAAUGAGAUAGACAUCAGAAUUCAUCAUAAAGAGCGUCCAUUUGAUGCAGACAAAGAGGCCUUUGUUCUACACUUGCACGAGACAUCAACUCAGUAUCAUACUUUUAAGAUAAGUUUUGCCGACGUAGCAGUAGCUAUUGAGUUUGUCUCCCGGAAUGAAACUGCUUUUCAAUGGACCAUAAUGGUAGGAUAUGGAAAGAGACCAUCCGUGGCAGAUAACUUGGCAUUUUGGCGGCUGGAUGGAAAAGAGAGGAAAGUCCUUCUGUUGGAAUCUCGUUUACUGAACGAAGGAACUUACUACAUUGAAGUGAAAGCUACGUCUAACAUCCCGAGUUCUUCGGCAGGAUCCGUGACAUCAACAAAUGCUAGUGCUCCGUAUAGUCUGAAAGUAUCUAAGAUGAAAUGUCUUUACUGGCUCGAGGAACUAGAAGGAUGGAGUCUGGAUGGGUGUCGGGUUGGCACAGAAACAACCACUAUGGAGGUUCAGUGUCUUUGUAAUCACCUCACAUCCUUUGCAGCACAAAUGCUUGUCGAGCCAAAUGUAAUUGAUUUCCGUAAGGCUUUGAGAGGAUUCGUGGAACUGUCUGAGAAUCCCUUGGUCUUCACUUUAGUGCUAUCUAUUUUGGGAGUCUACAUUCUGCUUCUUAUCUGGGCUAGAAGACGCGAUAUCUACAAUGCAAAGAAGGCGGAAACUAUUCUCCUGGAAGGAAAUGACCCAUCAGAUCGCUACCAGUACGAAAUUUUGGUGUUAACGGGGAGGAGAAAAGGAGCCGGAACCACCGCUGAUGUCUGCUGUGAUCUAAUCGGACUGGAGGGUGAGAGUGGUCCACGCCCGUUGAGAGAUCCAAGCCAAGUGCGUUUUCAAAGGUCUGGCAUGGACUCAUUUCUUCUCACUACAUCUCGACAUUUAGGCGACCUCACCCUCCUAAGGAUCUGGCAUAACAACUCAGGAUCUAACCCAUCAUGGUUUUUAAAAGAAGUCAUAAUACGGGACCUGAAAACCGGCUGCGUGUUUGUUUUCAUGUGUAACCGUUGGCUUGCAGUCGAGUUCGACGAUGGUGAGGUGCUGCGGACUUUGCCUUCCGCUAGGCAGGAUUAUCUCAGAUCAUUCAACCAUUUGUUUAACGAUGUCACGCAGAAGAAUAUAACAGAUAGUCAUCUGUGGGUUUCUGUGUUUACCAAACCAAACAAGAGUAACUUCACUACUGCCCAGCGACUUUCUUGCUGUUUGGCUCUUCUUUACUGCACCAUGUUGGCCAAUGCUAUGUUCUAUCAGCUUGAUGGAGAGUCAGAUCCCUUGAUCACCUUGAAUUUAGGGCCCAUAAGCCUCUCUCCUCGAGAGUGGUACAUCGGUAUUAUAAGCAGCGUAAUAAUUUUUCCUCUAAAUAUUGCCAUUGUUGUACUUUUUCGAAACGUAGCACCCAAAAUUUCAAAGGAAAAGAUAGUAAAAGUAAAGCAAACACACAGUUUAAAAACGAAAAAGAGGGCACGGGUUUACCAAGGGGAUUUUGAAGACAUAAUUCAGUGGUAUCGUACCCAAGAUCAAGAAGAAGAAUUGCACAGUGGAGGCCUUGAAUCUAUCUCUGUGGGGCUGCCCCCUGUUGAAACAGUUGACAUGAAGGAAAAGACUACACAGUGGUUAAAUAGGAGUACGAGCAGCUGCAACAGUCAGAGUUCCCUCACAGAAUUAAACCAAAACGAUUGGCAGGGAAGUGAGAUCGAUUUUUCAGCCUCAGAGGAUUGUAAUGUCGAGGUAAAAUUCAACGAGAAAGGUGGCCAUAUGCCUGAGCCACGUAAAAGAAGGAAACGUAAUCUUCCUCACUGGUGUGUAUAUAUUGCGUGGCUUGGAGUUUUUGCCGUCUCCUUUGUUUCAGCUUUCUUUGUUACUUUAUACGGUUUUCAGUUUGGCAGAGAGAAAUCAUCCCAGUGGCUUGCCUCCCUGUUGAUAUCUCUCAUUCAAGACAUCUUUAUUAGCCAACCGAUCAAGGUGUUGUUCGUGGCUUUGUUUAUUGCUCUUGUGAUAAAGAAACCUCAGGAACAAAUACAAUCAAUCAAUUCGGAAAGUAACGACAUGAAUGAUGACGAUGAUGAUGAAGGUAGUGAUGGUGUCGAGGAAGAAAACGGUUUUGGCAAUUUCGAACAGGGGUUCCCUGAAUAUAAGAAGUUUAUGCACCGGAGAUUUGAACAAUAUCCCUUUAUAAAUCUAGAACCACCAGAUGCCACUGAACUUAGUAAAGCCAGAAAACAGAGAAAACAAGAAAUACGAAUGUCUCAAAUUAUUAAAGAGAUAAUUACAUACGUACUUUUCCUGCUCGCCUUGUUCCUGGUAAGUUUUGGUCAACGAGAUCCUCAAGCCUAUUUUAUUGCCAAACUAAUAGAAGAUACGUAUCUUGGAGGAGUGUACACCGGCCAGAAACUAUAUGAGACGGACGGAGUUGAUAACUACUGGAAUUGGAUAGAAGGCACUAUCUUACCAAGUUUAUCCUCUUCAAGUCGUGACUGGGCUAAAGGUUGCCACCCUUUGGAGCAAUACACAAUAGACUGCAAUUCACGCCUUGUUGGUGGGGCAAGAAUACGUCAACUCAGAGUUUCUCCAGGGAGUUGCAAAGUACCUGGACCAUUAAGAGAAGGGAUCUCUGUGUGUAAUGACUUCUAUUCAUUAUUUAACGAGGACAAAAACAAUUACGGUACAGGGUGGGCAGUGGUAAAUACAACUUCAAAUACGUCAUCAAAUACCACAUCAAAUACCACAUCAAACGCCACAACCUCGCCGUGGGCUUAUCAGACUAUGAGUGAACUUGGAGGCAUACCAUUUUUAGGAAUCAUGGGCACAUACGGUGGUGGUGGUUAUUCCUUCGAUUUGUCAUUUUCCAACUUGACAGAGGCAUUCUUGACUUCCUUAAAGGAAAACUCUUGGAUUGAUUCAAGAACUCGUGCCAUAUUCGUAGAAAUCGCAAUUUACAGUGCCCAAGUCAACCUGUUUGGCGUUGCGACUUUCUUAACUGAGUGGAUUCCAACCAAUGGUGUUAUUUAUUUCAGUAACGUUAAAGUUGCCCGCUUAUAUUCCAUCGGAAACGAUUUUCACAUUGUGACGCUUGUGUGCGAAAUUUUCCUUGCUUGUUUUGUAGUUGUGUUUAUGUACGCUGAAAUCAAGAAAAUGUACAAGCUGCGAAAGAACUAUUUCAGAGAUCCGUGGAACUGGCUUGAAAUGGCGCAGAUCGUACUGAUAUUAACUUGCACUGGUGCUUUGUUUCAGAGAACAAGUUUCGCCCAAAGUUCGAUAGAACAAAUGAAGUCUAAUCCCGAAAAGUUUGUUAGUUUCAUACGGACAAUUACAUGGGACGAAGUUUUUGGAUACUCGUUAGCCUUUCUAGUUUUCUUUGCUAAUUUGAAGCUGCUAAAACUGAUUCGAUUCAACCACAGGAUCUACCAAUUCACCAAGACUCUUUCAACGGCUGCAUCACCAUUGAUGUCUUUCAUGAUUGUCUUCUCCAUUUUCUACGUUGCUUACAGUAUCCUGUUUUACGCAAUGUUUGGGGCUAUAUUGCCCGAAUACCGCUCCUUUCUUUUCACCGUUGAAACAUUGUUCAACACCGUUAUGGGAGCAUUUGAUUUUGAGAUCAUCAGAGAGAACAGUCCAAUCCUAGGACCAAUCAUCUUUUUCUCGUUUAUGAUGAUAAUGGUUAUGAUACUACUAAACGUGUUUUUAACAAUACUGAUGGACUCCUAUGCCGAGGUCCAAGAAGAUGAACAUCUAGCAUCAGAGGACUCUGAAGUAGUAGAGAUGAUUAUAAAACGUUUUAAAUACUUUUUAUUGAGGACUGACAAGGUCGAUAUCUUAGCAGAAACCGAUGUUGCGUCGGGAGACAGCCUUAAUUCCAGCUCUAAUUCCAAUUCAGCCAAUGAUCAUGAACGCAGGAGCAGUAUAAAUCAGCCUGUAAGUGAAACUACCACAUUUAAGUCCAUAAGCGACAGCUGGUUGGAGCAGACGCAGGAAACACUCAAUGAACAAAAUUGCCCACUAAAAGUUGCCCAAGCUUCAUUCUCAUCGAUUGAGAAUGCUGGUGAUUCCAGUGAAACACAACAUGGUAAACAUGAGGAGGAGCAAUUGUCUGCUUGGUCUUCAUCUAUGUUACUAGCCAACGAACACGUCGAAACAGAGAGCAGCAAAACAGCCUCCUCGUGUCGCGAUGAGCCAUUUCUGUCACUGCCAAGUGAUCGCUUUGAAAUUGAAACCUGUAAAGAGGCAAUCUCGCCCUGUCAUGACGAGUCACGAGAAAGUUUAGCCCCUCCAGAAGAGGAUUGCAGUGUUGUAUGUUCAGAUUCCUCUCAUGAUAGAGAGACAUUUUCUAGGAGGUCAUCCAUAGUAUCGCAGAAAGAAGAAAAUGGACCUUGUGAAAGGGUCAGUGACGACCAUCCACCUUCUAAGAAUAGUUCACCGCCUGAUAGCCCUCGUUCUCAAACUCUCCCCAAAAGCAGGAGAAAUUCGAGCUCUGGUUAUUGUUCCUCCUCCAUUGCCACCGAGAAUACCAUUGGCGGAACGGAGGUACCCGAAGACUCCAACGUGUCCCGUUAUUAUGAUUUGCUGGGCAAAGCGCUAGACAGCCUUACUGCUGAAGAACAAGACAUGUUUCAAGCGAACGAGGAAAACAGCGAAUCAACGGAGCAGGAAGUUUCUUAUUACUACAGGUUGUUGGACAGAGCGACAAAGGAACUUGAUCAAGACAACGAAGAGGGAGCGAAUGCUUCGGAAAACUUUGACUUUGCUGAUUAUCAAAUUUGCAAUAACAAUCUCGGAAACAGGCCUGGGGCAGAUUCUGAAUUGGAGAAAAGCCUCAUUGUUGACCCCAAGCUGAGCGAUCUUACAGGACUAUUUGCUGACGUAGCCUUGAGUGACAUUCAGGAGGAUCAAGUAUUUGAACAACUGCUUAUUUCAUAUAUUACUGUACUUAACGAAGUUUCGUUUGAGCCUGAUCGAGAUACCAUGGAAAGUCAACUUAUGAAACGUUUUGAUAAGAAAGCAAAGUGGAAGUAUACUCGUCACAUGUACACGGAAACGUAGUAACACACAAAUGCAUCUGUAUCACGCGUAUAAGAUAGUCGUUGAUAGAGUCUCACAUCUAUAGAUAACAUGGUGCCAAAGGUAAAGAAUAGGCCAUUUGGGAGUUGCUUGUUACCUCUGCCUCAAAACGAGUCUUCGUAAAAAACCAUUCAAAUGAAAAUGUGCUCUGUCAACAGUUCAUUUUCAUGGAAAUCAAACUCAUUCUCAUAUGAAAGGUUUUGCAAGAGGACUCGUUUAAAAACAGAGGCACAAGGUAUAACUCGUAAAUAGCCUAUUUCCUAGUUUCAGAAAGCCAGUUGAUAUUUUUGGAAAUCCCCCUCUCCCCCAAAAUGAACUGAUUUACGAGAUGUUUUGUUUUUUUCUUUGUCUGCCUCUUAUUCAAUAUUGCACAGUGCCUGGACCCACUGUUGGUGUAGUUCAAGAGCUCGAGCUAGAGAUGAGUAAGAGCUAUUUGCAUAAUUUAUAGUACUACAUGAGGCUGGAAAAGACGACAUAAGGAGAAUAAAAAAAGUAAUACGUCAUAUAAUUGAUUUGGGAGUUUAAGCAAAUCAAUACGGCGAAGGUUAGGCAAGGCUUAAUAAGAAUUACAAUACGUGCGUUAGAAGUCUUGUCACAUAUAUGCAUUCUUUCUUUCUUUCUUUCUUUCUUUCUUUCUUUUUUUUUUUUCUGGCUCAUGGCGAACAAUUUCAUACAUUAUGACCGCCGCGUAGAUCAAAAACAAAUAAAUAAAUGGAAUUUUCCCUACCUUGAUUUAUCCGUUCUUCUCAAGUCAGGACAAUGAAUCAUUUCCAGAUUCCUCAGAUCUUAUCAUAAAGACAGUUAUUGUUGCUUUGAAAGUUUCCACGGUUCCUGAAGAACUGUUUUAUUUACAGUAAAUUCCGCCAAGUUCGCCAUUCGCUUAAUUCCCAUCAAAGCCGACGUGUGAGUUACAAAUUCUCAACUUGUUUCCUCUCAGAAGCGCUGGUGAGUGUCACAAAUAUCUUUGCAAAGUUCACAUUCGAAAGCUUAAUUCAUCACAUAUAUAGUGCUUUACAAGUUGUUUUCAUGGUUCCCAACAAGGUUGAUUAAACGCGUCUUUUCGUGACCUGGUCCCGUGACAUCUUGAAAUAUUGUCGAACUGAAGGGUUUACAAACCUUUCAGAUCACCGAAGUGAACAUCGGCCGCCAUCUUGAAAGUGCUCAGUUUAUGGUCAGCUUACACACCAGGUUUGAAUUUCACUUGGAGUUCCGCUGUACUGCUUGACUGGGAGUUUCGGGCUUGUGUGACUUCGCGUGACAAAGUGGUGUGACAAUAAGGCUCUUGAUUGCGCAAUGAUGCAAUGACAAGAACACUUAGCUUUUCCUACUUUUGAACUUGAUCGAACAGGUAGUGUGCAUGACGUCUGUUCGAGGUUGCCGUGCCAAUCGAUGGCAAUCAAGGAACGGUUUUUGUGUGGUUGUCGAUUGAUCAUCGAUUGACCGAUACCAAUCGAUCCCAAUUAACUAAUUUUAUCGAUUGAUAUCGAUUGUUCGAUUGGUUUUCCGAUCAUCGAUUUCCAUGAAUUGGAUACCCUGGGUACUCUGAGACCACUAGCGGCACAUGAAAUGGCUCCCUCGUUACCCAACUUUGUUGUAUAUGAACCUGAAAACAGACUACAACGUUUCGAACUGCUUAUCUGCAUUUAUCCGGCAGGGUAUGAUGAAAUAAUUUUUAGUUCUUGAUCCAACAGAGUAAAAACUUGAGGCCAAAUCGAGUUUUCGUUAACAGCGAAAUGUCAUAGUGUUGUUAUAAUGCUGACUGCAUGCAUAUCAUCAGUAGCGUACGCCUAGUUGCUGGUAGAUGUUUAAAUCAUACUGUAAGCAGUUUAUAAGGGUUUUAAUUAAAUCAAUUUAAUUUGUAUUA